AUGCUGGGGACCCACGCCGUCUGCAGGCUGACCGUGGCCUCAGACGCAAAACUGACGGUCGAAACAACCAAACAAGAAACAACUAUCUCUUCUCCCUUCUGCUCCUUGCCGCCUCGCUCGCCAGACUGGUACGGUGAGUCCGCUCACUCUGGCAGCCUGGAAUGUUCAUUCCCCUUUAGACAAUACGGGGAGCAACCGACCGGAACGGAGUACGACGCUACUGGCUCGGAAGCUGGCGCACUACGAAGUGGACAUCGCCGCACUCAGCGAGACCCGAUUCUCCGAACAAGGCCAACUGGAGGAGGUGGGUGACGGCUACACCUUCUUCUGGAGUGGCCGCCCCAGGCCAGAGCGGCGAGACGCGGAUGUCGCCUUCGCCACCCCAUACGACAUCGUGGGACGACUGCCCUGUCUGCCGCAGGGUGUCAACGAUCGCCUGAAGAGCCUCCGUCUGUAUCUCCAGGGAGGCGAAUUCGCCACCAUCGUCAGUGUCUACGCUCCUACGAUGACCAGCCCCGGAGCUGCGAGGGACAAAUUCUACGAUAACCUGUACGCCCUCUUGGCGACUGUGUGA